AUGUCCUGGCCGAAUCCAUUUCGGCGGCGGGACGAGAACACGCGAACAGCCUGGGGAUAUACCUUCCAAUUAACUCCUGACCAUCUUUCUCCCGAACGAGCUCAUCCGUUAAAACAUACGUAUGAUGUUCUCGGAGAAGAGUGCUACGAGAUUUUGAACCAGAUGAGCAGCAGCCUCACGGACGAAGAACCAGAGCAACCUAUGGCCGACGACGAUGUUCGUUCGAAGUUGGUGGCAAACCCAACACAGCAGUCCACUGUGCCCGCGAAUGGCUCAAUUGAUACGAAUCGGCCUAUGGCACCGACUUCAAAAAAGAAACGUGAUCUCUACUUGCUUCUCCGGGACCACCAUUCCUCACACCCUAAGCUUCAAGAGCUCUGGGACGAGGUCACCACGGUUCCCAGUUGGGUAGAUUGGGCGCAAAUUUGUCGUGGACAGGACGUCUUCUACCGCUAUGGCGCGGCCACACUCACGGGGCUCGCGUACCAGUCGCUCCUCGGGGGCAUGGGCGCCAACCGCGUGGUCGAAGUGCUUGCCCGCACGGGGGGUUUCUCGGUGAAAGUCGCGCGCCACCGACUGUUCGAGACGACGCAGCACAUCCUCGAGUGCACGCGGUCUCUCGAGAGCAUCCAGCCCGGCGGCGCGGGCUUCGCCAGCUCCGUGCGUGUGCGCCUCCUGCACGCAGCGGUGCGGCGACGGAUCAUGCAACUCUCCAAGACCCGGCCGAGCUACUAUAGCGUCGAGCAGUACGGGAUCCCCAUCAACGACCUCGAUUGCAUCGCCACCAUCGGCACCUUUUCCGCCACCAUCAUCUAUCUCUCGCUGCCGCGCCAGGGCAUCUUCCUCCGCCGGCAGGAGAUCGAGGACUACAUCGCGCUGUGGCGGCUGAUCGCGCACUACGUGGGCACGCCGACGGAGUACUUCGACACGCCCGAGCGGGCCAAGUGCAUGAUGGAGAGUCUGCUGCUGCACGAGAUCAACCCGUCCAACACGAGCCAGGUGCUGGCGAACAACAUCAUCCGCUGCCUAGAGAACCAGCCGCCCACGUUCGCGAGCCGCAGCUUUCUCGAGGUCAACGCGCGGUGGCUCAACGGCAACGACCUCGCUGACGCUCUGGGCCUGGGCCGCCCGGGCCCGUGGUACUGGGCCCUGAUGGCCGGGCAGUGCAUCUUCUUCGCGUGCCUGUGCUACACCUACCGGUCCAUCCCGGCCCUGGACCGGCGGAAGAUCCGGGCCCUGCGCGCCGUGUUCUGGGCCAUGAUCGUCGAGGGCAAGUACGGCCUGGGCGGCGAGCCGACCGUCUUCGAGUUCAAGUACAUUCCGGAGCUGGGCGUCAUCGGGACCGCGAAGGGCGAGGACGAGGAGAAGAAGCACCAGGCCGGCGAGGUCGGCAUUGAGCGCAGGAACUUGAAUACCCUGCUCGUCGCGACGGGUGUGCUGGUUUGCGCCGCGUGGUUGGGCGUCAAGGCGUCCUCGGCGCUGUUAGGCCGGAUCUUGUGA